GAGAGAGACAGAGAGACAGAGAGAGAGAGAGAGGCAGUGACGAGGAAGUGCCAAUUGACAGACGGCCCCCUCCCCCGCCAGGCAGCCAUGCGCAAGGCCUUCGCGCACAGACAUUCUCCUCGUUGGUGCCGAUGAUGGUGUUGUGUUGCUGGUGCUACUGGAACUGGUGCUCGUCGGCUCUCUGAAUAAGAAGAAGAAGAAGAAGAAGAUGAUGAUGGUGGUGGAGCUGUGCUUCGAGCGGAAGCGAUGGUGAUGUGCAUGGUGGAUAUCUAUCUCUCGAUAAGAUCGAAGGGAGGCGUAGGUGGGCAUCGGUGCCGCAGUGAACGAGCGAUUAGUGCCGAAGGUUUAGGGUCCGACCACGGGCGCACGAACACCUAAAAGACGCACGCACGGAGAGAGUGAGAGAGAGAGAGAGAAGAAGAGGGAGGGAGGUGGAGAAGGAGGGGAGAGGUUGAUUGCGCGGGUGUUGGUUUGGUUUGGGUGGGGGCGGGCGUACGAAGCAGAAGCAGCAUCAGCAGGAAGGAGGACGUUUUGAGAGGACAGAACACGAGGCGAGAAGGCACUCGAAGGAAGGUCGACGAGAUAGGAUGGAAGGCGAAACAUAGCGAGAGCAAAAGCUCCAGCAGAUCGCCACAUCUGCUCUCAAUUUGCUCUCGUUGCUGCUGCUGCUGCUGCUGGGGUUGUGCGAUUCUCAUUGGUGUUCUGAAAAAAGACGAGGACGACGAGGACGACUACUACGAAGGUCGACUGCGACUGCGACUCCUUCUUCACCUCGUCUUCUUCUUGACAUGAUGACAAAUAACGGUGUGGAUUAGGCGAGGCUCGGCAAGGUAAGGUGUGUGGCGAAACAGGGCAAUCUUGGGGACGGGCAGUAGAAAAGUAGGAGAGCAGGGAAGGGGAGGAGAGGAGAGGAAAGGAGAGGAGAGCCGAGGGUCGAGAGGGCGAGGCAGGGGCGAUGACUCUUGGGUAUGAGCCGGGAUUGUAUGCCUACACGGGGAAUGUGGAGGAGAAGGGAAUACCGACGUUGAUAGUGUGGAGCCAUGAGGGCACGAAUGUGUCGGUCGAGGGUUCGUGGGAUAACUGGAGCACGCGGGAGCCUCUACAGAAAGUGGGGAAGGAUUUCACGAUCAUGAAAAUUCUGCGCAACGGGGUGUACCAGUACAAGUUCAUCGUCGAUGGGAAGUGGAGCUACGCGGUGGAUUUGCCCUCCAUGUACGACGAGAUGGGCAAUGUGAACAAUGUUCUCGACGUCCACGACUACGUGCCCGAUAAUCUGGACGGGAUUGCGAGCUUCGACCCUCCCCCAUCCCCCGACUCCACCUACGGCGACGAUGCAAUGCCUGCCCCGGAGGACUUCGCCAAGGAGCCCCCCGUGCUGCCCCCGCACUUGCAUCUCACUCUGCUCAAUGCCUCUCCUCCCCGCGACGGUCAAGUCCCCGGCCCGAUUCGCGUCCCGGGAACCCUAUCACGCCCCCCGCAUGUGAUUCUGAACCACACCUACGUUGACAGGUCAAACUCGGUCAUGACCCUGGGAUUGACUCAUCGAUAUCGAUCCAAGUUCGUUACUGUCGUUCUUUACAAACCUGUUCGUAAGUGCUAACAUCGGCGUCACCAUCACCGUCACCGUUUUUCUCAUGGUUUGCGCUCAUGCGUUUUGGUAGGAAGGCGUAGAAGGAUGAUUUGUUUAGGCUGAGUGUAAUUGUACCUAAGAUACUUGAGAGUUCAGGAGGAUUUCGAUCGGCCAGAAUCGGCCAGGCCACGAUCCAUCAUCAUCCGGUUGCUCAGAGACAGAAUACUCAGUGUCUUCACACGAUUAUGUAGAUUGUUUGGAUAGCGUAGCGACAAUAGGUAGACGAUAUCCAGGAGUAGACGUGGUUUCCCUUUUUUUUUUUUUUUCCUUUUCUUAUUUCGUUGGUUUUCCAACUCUCCCUUGCCAUGGAUUACCCACCAGCAAGAAAGCAGAAGCAGCAGCAGCAGCAAUGUGGGCUGGGAAAGAUGUACCCAUUGAGAUCAAAUCAGAGGAGAUAGAUGAUGCUAAGUGGUCCUGGAUAUAGGAAGGGCAAGCAAGAAUGCAGGAACGAUCUUCAACACAACGUGUGUGCUACGAAGAAGAAGAAGAAGACCUGGUGACUAAAUUCCAAAUGAGGGGACAUGUACACUAAUUGUAAAGGAAGAGCUGGCAUCCUCAGUCGGAUGACCCCCCCCCCCUCUCAAUACUGUAGGUGCCGUUUUGGCCAAUGCAAAAAGGAAAAAAAAAGAAACGAAGUGAAUAUCAUUUUCUGACUCUCGCAAGGUUAUCGUCGUGUGCCCAAUCAAUAACUCUUCUCCACUCCUAAACUGCUGUACUCAAGUUUCUUGAACGUAUCUUUUGAAGCGUUGGUGCAUCACCCGAGCACAUUCCGAAGAAUCUGCAGUCGAUGCUUUCGUGGUCCUCGUUUGUUUUGGGUUCCGUGAACUCUCACCUUUUCAGUGCAUCGUAGGCAUGACCGAGAGUGUUGCAACGAGUUCGGCACGACAAGUAGCCAUUGACAGGUGACUGCACCAGCCAACUGCAGCGCGAAGUCAUAUCCAAUCACUAUCUAUGUGGCUAUUUCGGAAAACGUAUAGAACCCGAAGUCUCAUACUUUAUCACACGAGUUGAGGAGUAAGCAUCAUGUGGGCAGAUCCUACCAGGAAAUCACUUUGCUUGCGCCAACUGUAUUCCAGUUAAUGUGCCGUAUCAUGGUAUGUUCCAUGUGACUACUUCUUUUGGUUCGCAUCACGACUUGCGCAUCCGGCGCAUAAAGCUGGAAGGCGGUGGAUCUUCUAUGCGCAUUAACUCCAAAGAAAUGACAACUGAAUGCCCAUGUUGACCGACCUCGCCAGUAACGACUCGAUGGAAUCGAACAUAUUCUGAAGUUUAUGUUGAUAUCGGAUUUACUUUCUGCUCUCGACCAUCCAGAUUCGGUUUCCGUUCACAAAC